AUGGAAGAUCCUUUUUUGACUAAACAACAUCAACAUGCCCUACUCAAUGUUGUUCGUCAAAUGUUAUUGCAAUUAAACAAUAGACAAAUGGAUACUGACCUUCCUCGAACAACAACUGCAGGAAUUUGUAAUCCUGCUACAGCUCAAUUAAAAGGACUUUAUGAAAUGCUCAAUAUCUUGGUAGGUGGCAUCAAAAUAUUGACUAAUGAUGAACAACGUCUCAAUAAUGAAUCAUUUCAAAUGCCAAGUACAUUUUCAACAUUGACAGAAGAAUUAUUGAUAGUUAAAUUAUCCAUUGAAGAAUCAAAUGCUUUAUUGGAAGGAGCAAAACAUAAUCAAGAUUCAUCAUCAUUGCCAGAAAAAGCCAAUAAUUCACAAUAUGUUUCAUAUGAUGGAACAUUGCGACAAAUCAUUCGUCUGGACAUCUGUGAAUGGGCUGGUAUUGAACCAGAUUCAUUACAGCGUAUUGCCAAAGUGUUUAAAAGUCUUAAUCAUCUCGUUCUUGUUCCUAAAGAUUCGGCAAUACUGAUUGAUUGGAUCCCGCUAACGUUGCUAAAAUCUUGGAACAGUAAAGAAUUACCUUCAUUAAGUGUCGCUGGUUCACCAUCGAAUGAAGCAAAGACAAAUCUCCGACAAUGGUUAAUUGAUAAUACUCAUUUGUUGACAGAGGACUCAUUUGGAGUUGAAUAUCAGGAUGACUGGUUUAAUUUAUGGCUUUAA